GGAGCAGAAGGGGGCAGUGUGGAGUCGGAGGUCUUGAAGACAGCUCCUCCUUGAAGACAGCUCCUCCUUGAAGACCCCUCCCUUGGGCCCAGCUGAAGGACACUGUUUGUUUUUCUCCAUGGAGAAGACGCUCUGGGGACUGUUCUGACACCAACGGAGUCCUUUCUGUUGAAGAGGAUGUUGAGUCACUUCCAUCCUGCCUGUGCCCUGACUACAGAGAGCCAGCACUGUGCAGCACAGCUUCGCUCAUCGGCCUGGCAGGAGGCACAUCUGUCACUCUGUGAGAGUCCCUGGUGUGAAGAAGGAAACAUUCCUGCUCAAGGGAGCUCCCCUUUACGUGGCAGGCAGAGACUCUGACCUCAGUAGACAAGAGUUUGUGAAAGGUUUGGCCCCUCUUGGAGCCUUGUACUCCGAGCUGUUCCCAGGGCUACUGCCAGGUGAUUCUGGGAGCCCAUGGUCACAUCUGUGCUCUGCAUUCCUGGCACAGGACUACCUGGAAAGCCGCCCGGCGCAGAACAGAGUGGUGGACCGGAAACCAGCUUCCUCGUGAGUUCGGGAGCUUGGGGACAUGCCAACACUCUCAUGAAUCUGUGGCCCAAAUUGGUCCAUUAUCACUUGGCGUAGAGAGGCAAGAACGUGCAAGCCUGACAGCUCGUGGCUCCCCAGGAGGAACACCCUAAUUUCUAGGCUUCAAAAUACCUCCUGACGAUUCCCUCCAGCGAGAUAAGCAAUUCGCAGCCAAAGGCCACCACACUCGACACUCCGUGAUCUGGAGGCUGGGCAGAGAGGAUGCCCAUGGCCUCAGACUUCUCACCUGUAAAUAAGGUCUCCCCUGCACAGACUCUCUCUGGAGGUACACCCUAAGAGCGUUCAAGUGAGGAUGACCCGGCCCCUGGAGCAGGCAGUAGCUGCCAUUGUGUGCACCUUCCAGGAGUAUGCAGGGCGCUGUGGGGAUAAAUACAAGAUCUGCCAGUCGGAGCUCAAGGAGCUGUUGCAGAAGGAGCUGCCCACCUGGACCCCGACUGAGUUCCGGGAGUGUGACUACAAUAAAUUCAUGAGCGUCCUGGAUACUAACAAGGACUGCGAGGUCGACUUUGGGGAGUAUGUGCGCUCACUUGCCAGCCUCUGUCUCUACUGCCAUGAGUACUUCAAGGAGUGCCCCCCUGAGCCCCCUUGCCCCCAGUAGCCUCUGAUCCAAAGGCGAAUGCUAUCCCAGAAGGGCAGGGUCUGCUCCAGUGUUCCAUCUUUGUCCUUGAGGUGGUCCUGGGUGUGUAGCCACACCCUUCCUACUCUCUCUGUGGUGCCCCUUUCAAUCCAGACUUGCCAAGUCUUUGAAGAGCUCACCCAGCUACCCACGGGCUUGAGAGGCUUUCUUAGGGAUGUCUAGCUAGCGAGGGGUGGAACAGUAGCCAGCCUUUGCUCCUUCUCUUCUUGGAAGGGAAGAACAUCUCUGCUCUCACCUUCGAAGCUCUGCCAUGCACACACAGUUGGGACCACUGUGGCAGGGGCCUCCUCAACUCCCAAUAAAGAAAUGUCAUCUUG